AAAGAAGACUCAUUAUCACAAGUCGUCUUUACUAGUUUUACUAUAAAUACUUUGAAAUCGUCUUGAUAAGAAAGCCUCCAACACACAAAAAGGAAGAUAUAAGUUAGAAUGGCAGCAAGAAAACCGUCGGUGAGGCAUCCGAGCCACAACCAUCCAUUGCGCAGUCACAAAGCCCAAGUUGAAGAAGAGAUCAUCUGCUCUGGCUGCGACUUAGACCUGGUAGGUGCAUCUUUUAAAUGCACAAAGUCAGAAUGUGAUUACUUCUUGCACAAGUCAUGUUUCGAGCUUCCCCGUGAGACUCGUCACAAGGCUCACCCGGACCACCCUUUGACCCUUCUUUAUUCCCCACCAUACGAGUCAACUUAUACGUGCGAUGCGUGCGGUGAGUAUGGAUCCGGAUUCACUUACAACUGCUCUAUCUGUCAGUACGAUGUUCAUGUCGGGUGUGUGUCCAUGCCUGAGUCCGUGGAGCGUGAAGGACACAGACAUCCGCUCACAUUGCUCUACCGUUCUCCUUACGAGAACGGUUUAAUCUUUAAUUGCGAUGUUUGUGAAGAGACUGUACCGGACAACCUCUGGUCGUAUUACUGCAAGGAAUGUGACUAUGGCACGCAUUUACAUUCUUGCGCGGUAGAGGAGGAAGAGGAAGAAGAAGAAGAGCCAAAAAGAGGAGGAGGAGGAAACGCAAGAGGAAACAAAAACAACAAUGGAAAUAAAGGAGGAAGAGGGUCAGCGGCAUCGGAGUUAGCUGCAAUGUUGGAAGCUCAAAGGGAGAUGGAGAAGAUGCAGAUUGAGCUACAUAUGGAGAUGCAAAGAGCUAAGAUUGCCAAGAAAGCAAGAAAGGCUUGUCUCAAGUUGAUCUAAAACCUUUUUUUAAUCCAAAUAAAAUAAAAUAAAUACAAAACUUGUUGAUCAUGAGAUAAGGUUGAUACUUUGAAACUCAUUUAAUAAUUGUUUCUUGUGAUUUGGUUGUUCUUGUUUUUCAUUGAAAUGUUGCAAGCUUCCAUGUUUGUUUGUUUUUCUUUCUCUUGAAUAAAAUA